UAAAAAAAGUGGGUCCAGAAUGCUUUAGUUACCGUGGUUGGGAUUGAAUUAACUACAUGAUUGAGUAUGAAACUAGUCUGGACCUCUGACGGGAUCUUUAAAAUUAAACAUCUUCAUAUUAAUCUUACACAUAACCUCUCUUUCUCUUCCUUCUUUUCUUUCUUAUAAAAUCUAAAUAUUACUUGUGGCUGGAUCACAUUUUUAUACAUCAUGACUACAAAUGCGAAUACAACAUCUACAAGAAAGCGUACUCAUUUAAAGCCUGACCAAGUUGCUCUACUUCAAGAAUCAUUUAAUAGUAAUGCGCUUCCAGACUCUAGUGUCCGUGGCAGAUUAGCUAGGGAAUUAAAUGUUACUGAAAGAACUAUUCAAAUUUGGUUCCAAAAUCGCCGUGCGAAAGCGAGAAAAGUGGAGACAGAGUAUCAUCACUACAAAGGCAAAUCCGUUUUGAAACCUGGUUGGAUGGAGACUUAUGCACGCCACCUUACGCCACCACGUUAUCAAACAACAUUUCGUACAAUGAUGACACCUGAAAGGUUUGAAGAACUAAAGCAGUACGAUAGUCAACAAAUUCGUAAAAGACCUCGCUCCGUUGUAAAGGCUGAAAGUAAGCCAUUUGACUUUAUCAGUCACAGAGCCCUAUCGGAUGGCCAAGUAGCAGAGACUCCGACUCAAUUGAUUCAUCUUCCCGUAAAUGUACUCCGAAUUGGCACCUGGACCAGAUUUGCACAUGCUUCGGUGAACACAAAUCAAAGUGAUUGGGACCUUGUGUGUUAUAGUAAUCCGUUUGAUCGAGAACUAGUAUGGAGAGUACAAGCCGAGGGGCAUCAUUUCAGAAUCCAAGCUGGAUUUGAUGUUAUUCACCAAAUUAGUUUGGGUCAACAGAUUCAGGUAGAGACAGGCGAAAUUGUUGGUCAAAUUGAUAUACAAUUAAACUUGCCUUUAACGUUUUCAAUGUGGAGAUUCGAUCAAGACAAUCAAUGGGUUCGUUGCGGCGAUUUCACAGAAGACAAACAAGCUACCAUGGAUGGCCUACAUAUUCUUCAAGGCAAUUAUGACGCUUUUAGACAAUCGCUGCUAGACCUGAUCACAUUAGCACCAGAAUUGGUUUCAAAAACGAAUUUUAUACCAAUCAAUGACUUAACCCAACCACCACCUGGAUUAGAUGUCUGCCGUGAUUUUACAGUUUCUCCGUCUGCCACACCCGAACCUUAUAUGUCAAUGUGCCCAUUUGGCAUAAAUCCCCAACACUUAUCAAAAACCAACAUGUCGCAUUUGAUGUUGCAAGCACCUUUUUUUUACCCCAAUACAGGUGAUAACAGUCAAGUUGUACAACAACCAAUGUAUUCUUCCGUGUAAAAUUGUAUAUCCUUCCAACCAUUUAUUUUAAAGCUGUGCUCAAAAAUGUAAAAUUAACCUACCCCCAAUGUAUAAAUAAAAACUGGUC